AUGAAUGAAAGUGCAUCACCAAGUUGCUUUGUUGCUACUUAUUCUUAUCUAAUUCGUAAGAUUCGAGAAUUUAAUUUGUUUUCUUCGAACCCAUUUUGGACACCAUCAUUGAAUCUUUCUGAACAAAUUCUCAGUACACGACUAUUUCUACUUUUUCUCUUCAUCUCUCUUCUAUCGGUUAUUACUUACACGAGUCUUAUCAUUCGAACACAUAGUAUAACUCUCGACAAGUUUACCCGUGAUGACUUCGAACAACUUCAAUCACAAUAUCCCACAACGAUCAAUGUUCCUUGCACACAAGCUGCUAAUCCAUAUUACAAAUUUACUCAAUUAUCAGCAAGAUUCCAUCCCGUGUGCUCAAGUCCGUUUGUUGAAACUCAGUGGAUCUCUUCUCUUUUCCUUCCGAAUCAAACUUUUGACAACGCACUCGACUUUCGAACGUUCAGCUUCGCACAAUUUCAAUCACUUGCAUUACUUUGCCAGAUAGCUAUUCAAGCUGUCAAUGACGGUCUUCGAACGUUCAAUUCGACUCAUUUAGUAACCGGGCAAGUUUUUUCUCGUGCGGAAUUCAACGAAAUAGUUGAUGUCGUUACAAGUAAUUUCCAAGCGAAUUUAAUUGAGAAUGAAAAUCGAACAGCAAAUGCUAUUCAUUCUUCUAUAACUCAAAGUGGUUUCAUGUCAGCAUUACGAACGAACUAUUUCUUUCAAUCGAAAAAUUCUCGCGAUAGUUUUCUUAUCUACAGUGAAUUGUAUCUACGAAAAGAUUCCAAAGCAUCGUGCAACUGUCGACUAGAGGAAAAUCAAUGUACUCACCCGGCAUAUCUCUUUCCCAAUGCGACAUUGGCAAAAUUCGACAAGUUAUCCAUGUCUGAUGCAACUGCUGGAAUUAAAAUGCCAGGUCUGAUGGCUGGGUGUCUACCAAUGGAAUCACUUCGACGAUCAACCUUGGAAUGCCUUUAUGACCAAGCUUGUAUUGACUUAUUAGCCGUUCAGCCGAACAUAUCUCGACCGGGACCUUUAACGAAAUCCGAGAAGUUUCCAGUGAAUUUAACAGUCGGUACAAUGUUUGAUGAAUCGUUGUUUAUUGAAUCAUGGGAAAAUCGAACGAGCUUUGAAGAUUACUUUACACUUUGUGCACCACGAUCAUUGACCUACACUUACGAAGGUCGAUUCCGGCUGGCCGCCCUCGUGGCAAUGUCAAUCAGUGCUUUUGGUGGUCUAGUCGUCCUAUGGGAUUUAGUGACACCGGUGUUUGUGAAAAUUUGGUAUCUACUUAAACCAAAAGACAAACCAUCGACGCAUUCAUCUGAGAAAACGCCAUCGAUAUCCAAAAAAAGAGCUUUCACAUCAUAUGUUCGACGACGAAUCCAAACUUUCAACUUAUUUCCACCCGAUGAUGAGAAUGACAUUGAAGAGGAAAGAGUCGGAAUUAUUAGUACUCGUCUCUACAUUUUCUUCCUUCUUUUCGGCUUAAUCAUUCUUGGUUUUUACACUUCAUUUGUUCAACGUACACAAACUUAUACUACAACUUCACCGACCAUAUUUGAGUACAAACAAUUACGCGCUCGUCACUCCUCAACAUUAGUAUGCACAUGUUCACGUUUCUCGAUGUCCUAUGGACGUUUUAUGUCUAUCUCACCUCAAUAUCAUCCCAUUUGUUCGAGCAAAUUCAUCACAAAAACUUGGUUAUCUUAUUUCGAACUGUUUGAAGUUAAUCUAAAUUCCACGUUCUUCAUCGGUCGAGACUUUCGUAUCAGUGGUCAAUCAUUUUUCACCAUCAUGCGUGCUCUUUGUCAAACAGCAAAAGAAACCGUUGAGCACGCAAUUCGUUCGUUUUAUUCACGUCGGUUCGUCACCGUCAAUAUCUUAUCCAACAAAAGAUUUCAAGAUCAAACAAAACAACGUCUAAAGCAAUUCGAACAAGAAACUAAAGCGUACUAUGUCAAUCUUCCAGAAUUACUCCGUUCGUCAUUUCAUAUCAAUCAUUUAAUUACAAGUUCGCUAACAAGUGCUGCAUUCUCAUCGAUCUUUGAUAAUCAAACGUCGCAAUGGAUGCCAACCUUUUACUCGCAAGAUAUUUACAAUAGUUCAUGCUCAUGUGCAAUCUCAUCUCAAUGCGUUCGAUCGCAAGGUUUUUACCUUCAAAACGAUAACGAUAAUCUCCAUCCAAAAGUUAUCAUUCCAGGAUUGUAUCACGGUUGUUAUACGAUCGAUUCGAUAUAUUUAUCCAACUUGGAAUGCUUGUUCGAUAAGAUGUGUCUUCAAUUGUUAAUUGAUAUGUAUCACUACGAUGUAGGUGAUCUACUUCAACCGUUAGAUGCGCAAAUUCGCGCGAUUGAAUCAUUGAAAUCGGAAGAAAGUGGAUUUGCGCCUAAUACAACUAUCGGAACUCUAGUCUCACAAUUAUUCAUUGAAGACUGGGGAACAUCAGGAAAUUACACGGCUUAUUUCGAAAGAUGCUUACCGAAAGAGUGUACUUAUAGUUUAGUUGGACGGUUCGAUUGGACGUAUAUGAUCGCGACAAUGCUGGGUUUCUAUGGUGGAUUAGGUGCUAUUUUAGAUAUUAUUUUACCGCAUAUUGUUAGAUUUCUCAGACGACGAUGGAAAAAUCGACGAACGGUAACACCAGGUAAGUNAGACUGGGGAACAUCAGGAAAUUACACGGCUUAUUUCGAAAGAUGCUUACCGAAAGAGUGUACUUAUAGUUUAGUUGGACGGUUCGAUUGGACGUAUAUGAUCGCGACAAUGCUGGGUUUCUAUGGUGGAUUAGGUGCUAUUUUAGAUAUUAUUUUACCGCAUAUUGUUAGAUUUCUCAGACGACGAUGGAAAAAUCGACGAACGGUAACACCAGAUCAACAAGUUACUUCGUCUUCGUUUUGUCAAUCAAUACGAUCAAUGAAUCUCUUCUCUAGUAAAGAAAGUUCGACAAAUGUACAAAUGAAACGCGAAGAAAUCAUUGUAACUCGAAUGUACAUGGUUGUCUUUAUUCUCAGUCUUAUCGCUGUUCUUCUCUAUGCUGGUCCAUUUACAGAAGAAACUCAAACAACAGUGAUCAAUUCACCAACAUCGGACAUUGUCAAUCAUCUUCAUUCGCGGAAUAUUUCAACAUUGUCAUGUCCAUGUUCGACUGCAGCUGUUCGAUAUUCGAAAUUCUUGUCGAUUACACCUGAGUACAAUUCAAUAUGUUCGAGUGAUUAUGUGAAACCAUCCUAUUUGAUUAGUCUCGUUGAAAAGAAGGAUCCGAUUUCUAUCCAAAUCGCAACUCAUUAUAGUAUUCUAUCAUCUCUUUGUCACCAAGCUCAACGUAUUGUCAAACGCACGCUCGAUACGUUUUCGUCUCGUGAAUUGGUCAGCGCAGAAGCCAUGGCCAACCAAGCAUUUCUCACUCAAGUAGAAUCACUUCAAUCGACGAUUAUUUCUCAGAUGCCUGCUGAUUAUCGCCGAACGAUAACAUUAAUUACUCGUUCGUUUGGCGUCAAUCAUCUAUUGAAUGUUUUUACGAAGAAUUGGAGACUUCAGUAUACCGAUGAAAGUGAAAACUAUGUUAUGAAAACUUAUCCUUAUCGUUUUCCCUCAUCAAACUGCACAUGUGCUCUGUCAUAUGACUGCACCGAAGAAGUUCUCGAGAAUAUCGUUAGUGGAUGUUUUCCGUUCGAUGGAUUUCGCUUAUCAAAAUUAGAUGAUAAUAACAUGACAUAUGGUGAUUUAAGUGAACAACUUUUUGUUGAAACAUGGAAAAAUCGUAGUAAUUACACAGCGUAUUUUCAGGCAUGUCGUCCGUUGGAAUGCCGUUACACAUUACCUGAUAGAAACAAUCCAACACGGAUGUUAAUGACAACUCUGGGAAUCUAUGGAGGUAAAAAUCGACUAGAUUUAGUGCAGGAUAUAAUCGAUUUUGUUUCAGGUUUAUCAUUAGCUAUGCGUUUGAUAUUCGGUCAAUCUUUAGAAUCAUACCGGUGGUGGUCAGGAAGACACAGUAAACCACAAGCUGAGUUAUGGUUUCCUAACCCGAUGACAGCGUGA